AAAAUUCAAAGAUAAUAAGGGAGAGAUUGGAGAGGUGACCAGUUGCAUGCGUGAAAUGGCUAAGAAGGCAGUAUUGAUAGGGUGCAACUAUCCAGGAACAAAGGCUGAGCUAAAAGGGUGCAUUAACGAUGUGUGGAGGAUGCACAAAUGCCUCAUUCACAAAUAUGGUUUCUCAGAUAAGGAUAUCACUGUUCUUAUUGACACAGACCAUUCUUACACCCAACCUACUGGCAAGAACAUUCGAUCUGCCAUGUCUAGGUUGGUUCGAUCGGCUCAACCUGGUGACGUGUUCUUUGUCCACUAUAGUGGUCAUGGCACCCGUCUCCCUGCUGAGACCGGGGAGGACGAUGAUACUGGCUAUGAUGAGUGCAUUGUUCCCACAGAUAUGAAUCUCAUUACUGAUGAAGAUUUCAGGGAUUUUGUAGAAAAAGUACCUAAAAGUUGUAGGAUCACAAUCGUAUCAGAUUCCUGCCACAGCGGUGGAUUGAUUGAAUCAGCAAAAGAGCAAAUAGGAGAUAGCACAAAAGAAGGAGGACAAAAUUCAUCUCCAGGCUUCAAAAACUUCCUUCCCAGGGCUGUGGAUACAGAAAUUCCAUCAGAAUUGUGCCAUCAAUACAAGAGUGGUAUUGGAGAAAAAGAUGUUGAACUUCAUCAUGUGAACCACCGCUAUGUCAAGAAUAGGUCUUUGUCUCUUUCAACUCUUAUUGACAUACUAAAGCAGAAAACAGGGAAAGACGAUAUAGAAAUUGGGAAACUAAGACCUACACUAUUUGAUAUCUUCGGGGAAGAUGCUAGUCCUAAAGUGAAGAACUUCAUUAAGUUUGUCUUGAACAAACUUCAAGGUGGUGAGAGUGGAGGCCAUAGUGGAAUUUUAGGGCUGGUAAGCAAUCUUGCACAAGGGCUUCUUGAAUAUAAGUUGCACGACAGUGAUGAGGAGUACGAAAACCCAGUCAAGAGUGCACCAGAAACAUAUGCUAUAUCAACUAAGAGCGACAUUGUUGAUGGUGGAAUUCUACUGAGUGGUUGCCAAACUGACCAAACUUCAGCAGAUGCAAGUCCUAAUGGAAAUUCUGAGGAAGCUUAUGGAGCUUUUAGCAAUGCUAUACAAGCUAUAAUUGCAGAGAAAGAUGGUGUAGUUACAAAUCGAGAGGUUAUAUUGAAGGCUAGGAAGAAACUUCAUAGGCAAGGUUACAGUCAGAAGCCAGGGCUCUAUUGUAGUGACAACCAUGUUGAUGCUUCUUUUAUAUGCUGAUUUGAUAAUGGUACACUUAAGUUUGUUUGCAAGUACUUUAAUAAGUUUGGGUCAAUCAAUGUUGCACAAAAGAAAUAUGUAUUUUAUAUCUGAUUAUAAUGUGUAGCAUAUCAUUUUUCAAACAAAAAAUAAUGAAGUCUAGCAUAUGACAAUUGAGUUCA